UCACCUUGUCAAACUGGAUACCCCGAACCCGCUGAAUAAUCAAUCCCAGUCGACCAGGAGGAAAAUCAACGCGAAGCAGAGAGGAAGAAGAAGAGAAAACGAAGGGGUGAGAGAACAAAACCUGUUCCGGUUUGAGAAUUCGGAGUGAGAGAGAGACAACACUGCAAUACGACACCGUUGCGUUGUGAGCCUCUGCUUUGCUUUGCAUUUGGCAGAAGAAGAAGAAGAUGCUCCGAAAAUGUGGCGGCAAAUCGGGGACAGAGAAGCGGGAAAGCUCCGCCCAAAUUCGUUCUUAAAUCGAAUCAAGUCCACACGGAUCCAAACGCUCCAACUCUCCAAUCACAAAGACAUCAUCUCCCCUCAUCGCGGCUCCGUCAACACUCUCCAGCUCGAUUUGACGGAGGGCCGGUACCUGUUAUCCGGCGCCUCCGAUGCUUCCGCCGCCGUCUUCGAUGUCCAGCGCGGGACCGAUUACGGACGCAGCGGAGCUAUCACGAGGCACAAGUGCUUGUUUGCGGUGGAUAAGCAGCACGAGCACGGGCAUAAGUAUGCGGUGUCCUCCGCCGUGUGGUAUCCGGUCGACACCGGACUGUUUGUGACGGGUUCGUACGAUCAUCACAUCAAUGUUUGGGAUACGAAUACGACGCAGGUAGUGAUGGACUUCAAGAUGCCGGGGAAGGUGUACCGGACUGCAAUGUCCCCUCUGGCAACUUCUCACAUGCUCAUUGCUGCCGGUACUGAAGAUGUUCAAGUUCGCCUCUGUGAUAUUGCUUCUGGGGCUUUUGCUCACACCUUGUCUGGCCACCGCGAUGGUGUGAUGACCGUGGAAUGGUCUACUUCUAGCGAGUGGGUAUUGCUUACAGGUGGAUGUGAUGGUGCAAUACGUUUUUGGGACAUUAGACGUGCCGGAUGUUUUCGUGUUUUGGAUCAAUCUCAGUCUCAGCUUGGGAGGCGUCCACCCAUCCUGGAACGCUCUGCCACAAUUAAGGGUUCAACAGUUAAGCCCUCAUCACCAAGUCAAAGCACAUCUGCAAAAGCUCGGGCACCACAAAGGAAACUUUCUAAUGGGAGUGGUGCAAAGCACUCACUCAUUGGUAAAAGUCCAGUAAAGGGAUCUAUGAAGCAAAGAUUACAUCCAGGGAUGCUGUCUAGUCAGGAUCGCGCCACUGCCCAUUACGGUGCUGUUACUGGAUUAAAAGUCACUGAGGAUGGCAUGUACCUCUUAAGUGCAGGUUCCGAUUCAAGAUUGAGGUUGUGGGAUGUAGAAUCUGGCUGCAAUACUUUGGUGAACUUUGAAACCGUGCGUAUGCAAACCAGCAGGCCCAUACAGUUAGCUACAAGUCAGAAUUCGGAGCUUGUUUUUGUUCCCUGCAUGACAGCUGUGAAGGCAUUCGAUAUGUGGUCGGGUAAAACAUCCCUGAAAUUUCGUGGUCACUAUGAGCAUGUAAACUGUUGCUGGUUUAGUUCACAAGAUCAGGAAUUGUACACUGGUGGCAAUGAUAGACAAAUUCUAGUUUGGUCGCCGCCCAGAUUGGUUUCCAAUGAGGAUGAAGGGCCCUCUAAGGACGAGGAUAAUUGGAGCGACUAGCAUCUGCUGUGCUUAUGAUCCUCAUUUCUACUAGUUACACCCUUACAAGAUUCUGGAAUCAACCUAAAGUUCUGUUCGUUGUACCAUGCCAAGAAACUAGGUUCGUUGUUGUCCAAUAGCAUGCAGUCAACAUCGUCAAUAAAAAACUUGUGACCGGAGGCAAUAUUCCCCAAUUCUUGGUCUAAAGCUCCAUUCUCCGGCUGAUUGUCUUCCUCCUGAGUUACUGUAGAGAUGGCACCAGGCAAUUCAUCAAAUUUGGUACUUCCUUCAAAUGGUAUGAUUGCUUGCGUCACGGAGUUGGUCUGUUUCAAUACUUUAUGGCACAUGAUGGUGCCCUGGAAAUCCAUGAAAGUAUAAUUCAGAAACUGCGUUCUCUCA